CGAGCGCCGCCGAGUUCACUCCGUCAGCCGGGGAGCAGAGAGCGCAGCUCAUACCCACAUUCACUGCACCGAACUGCGAAUUCAGCACUGAACCUGCAAGGCGCUUUACAGCAGCUUCUCAAGUACCGUUGCGGCGUUGUUCUCCUCCCUCCCGUCCACUUCUAAUCAAUUGCAGUAGAGUUUUUUUUUUUUUGUGUGUUAACACAUCUGCAGAACCAUGACCCAGGUAGAUAUGACGGUGCAAUACAACAACCACGAGUAUGAGCCGGACGAGUACAUGAUACAGGAGGACGAGUGGGACCGGGACAUUUUGUUCCCAAGCGCCCAGGAAAAACAAAAGCAUCUUUUCUUGCAGACUUUUACGGCCUGGUGCAAUUCUCACCUGAGGAAAGCUGGAACACAAAUUGAAAAUAUUGAAGAUGACUUCAGAAAUGGCCUUAAACUUAUGCUUCUUUUGGAAGUCAUUUCAGGUGAAAGACUACCUAAACCUGACAGAGGAAAGAUGCGUUUUCACAAAAUCGCUAAUGUCAACAAAGCUCUAGAUUUUAUUGCUAGUAAAGGAGUGAAGCUGGUAUCCAUUGGAGCUGAAGAAAUUGUGGACGGGAACGUGAAGAUGACUUUGGGUAUGAUCUGGACUAUCAUCCUCCGUUUUGCUAUCCAGGACAUUUCAGUGGAAGAAACAUCUGCUAAGGAAGGCCUUCUUCUGUGGUGUCAGAGAAAGACUGCACCCUAUAGGAAUGUCAAUGUCCAGAACUUUCAUGUCAGCUGGAAAGAUGGUCUGGCCUUCUGCGCCCUGAUUCAUAGGCAUCGACCUGAUCUCAUUGACUACUCCAAGCUCAAUAAGGAUGAUCCGCUUGGAAACCUGAAUCUGGCUUUGGAAAUUGCAGAGAAACACCUAGACAUCCCAAAAAUGUUGGAUGCAGAAGAUGUAGUAAACACGGCCAGACCCGAUGAAAAGGCCAUUAUGACCUAUGUGUCGUGUUACUAUCAUGCAUUUGCUGGUGCUCAGAAGGCUGAGACGGCCGCCAACAGAAUCUGUAAAGUGCUGGGAGUGAACCAAGAGAAUGAGAAGCUGAUGGAAGAAUAUGAGCGCCUGGCCAGUGAGCUGCUGGAGUGGAUCCGCCGCACAACCCCCUGGCUGGAGAACCGCACCGCAGAGAAGACCAUGGCUGCCAUGCAGCAGAAGCUGGAGGACUUCCGGGACUACCGGAGAAAGCACAAGCCCCCGAAGGUGCAGGAGAAGUGCCAGCUGGAGAUCAACUUCAACACCCUGCAGACCAAGCUGAGGAUCAGCAACCGGCCCGCCUUCAUGCCCUCGGAGGGCAAGAUGGUGUCUGACAUUGCGAGCGCCUGGCAGAACCUGGAGCAGGCAGAGAAGGGCUAUGAGGAGUGGCUGCUGACCGAAAUCAGGAGGCUGGAGAGGCUGGACCACCUGGCCGAGAAGUUUCGCCAGAAGGCCUCCAUCCACGACGGCUGGGCUCACGGCAAGGAGCAGAUUUUGUCCCAGAGGGACUACGAGUCGGCCUCCCUGACAGAGGUGCGAGCCCUGCUGCGGAAACAUGAGGCUUUUGAGAGCGACUUGGCUGCCCACCAGGACCGAGUGGAGCAGAUUGCUGCCAUUGCCCAAGAGCUGAACGAGCUGGACUACCACGCUGCAGCCUCCGUGAACGACAGAUGCCAGAAGAUUUGUGACCAGUGGGACAAACUGGGAACACUGACACAGAAAAGGAGGGAAGCACUUGAGAGGGCGGAAAAGCUGCUGGAAACCAUCGACCAGCUGUACCUAGAGUUUGCCAAGAGGGCAGCGCCCUUUAACAACUGGAUGGAGGGGGCCAUGGAGGACCUGCAGGACAUGUUCAUUGUGCACACUGUUGAUGAGAUCCAGAGCCUGAUAUCGGCACACGAGCAGUUUAAAGCCACUCUGCCCGAGGCUGACAGCGAGAGGCAGGCUAUUCUGGGCAUCCACAAUGAGGUACAGAAGAUCGUCCAGAGCUACGGUGUCAACCUGUCUCAGACGAACCCCUACAGUACCAUUACGCCUGAAGAAAUUCGUGCCAAAUGGGACAGGGUGAAGCAUCUGGUCCCGCAGCGAGACCAGGCCCUGCAGGAGGAGCUCGCCCGCCAGCACUCCAACGAACGCCUGCGCCGACAGUUCGCGGCGCAGGCCAACGUCAUCGGCCCGUGGAUACAGAACAAGAUGGAGGAAAUUGCUCAUAGUUCCAUUGAGAUGAGUGGAACCCUGGAGGACCAGAUGAAUCAGCUGAAGCAGUAUGAGCACGUCAUUGUCUCCUAUAAACCUAACAUCGACAAGCUAGAGGGAGACCACCAGCUGAUCCAGGAGUCACUUAUUUUCGACAAUAAGCACACCAACUAUACCAUGGAGCACAUCCGUGUUGGCUGGGAGCUCCUGCUGACAACCAUUGCCAGAACCAUCAACGAGAUUGAAACCCAGAUUCUCACCAGAGAUGCUAAGGGCAUCAGCCAGGAACAGAUGAAUGAAUUCAGGGCCUCCUUCAACCACUUUGAUAGGAAGAAGAAAGGUGGAAUGGAGACUGAUGAUUUUAGAGCGUGUCUUAUCUCCAUGGGCUAUGACUUGGGUGAGGUAGAGUUUGCCCGCAUCAUGACUCUGGUGGACCCCAAUGGAACAGGUGUAGUGUCCUUCCAGUCCUUCAUCGACUUCAUGACCAGGGAGACGGCCGACACAGACACUGCGGAACAGGUUAUCGCCUCCUUCAGGAUCCUUGCUGCGGACAAGCCCUACAUCCUGGUCGAGGAGCUGCGCCGGGAGCUGCCUCCGGAGCAGGCGGAGUACUGCAUCAUGCGCAUGCCUGCCUACACCGGGCCGGGGAAGGUGCCGGGAGCCCUGGACUACACCUCCUUCUCCACGGCGCUGUACGGGGAGAGCGAUCUCUAACCGGGAAGCCCGGGGGAAGCCCCGCCCUCGAAAGACCGAGCAGUCUUGCAGCCGGCUUUAAAAAAAUAAAAGCAGCUUUUUGUCAGGUUAAAACGUUACGAAACUCUCACAAAGAAACGUGCACAGCAACAAGUUGAAUGUGCUAGAGGUUAAUGAAGAAAUGCAGUACAGUGUGUGGCGCACUAGUAAUACCUAAAGCAAGCGAUUUAGCAUCAAAAAUACUUUUUGUCAUGAUUUUGUAAAAAUUGCAGGAAGUAUUUAAUAGCCUCUGUUUUGAAAGCGACACGUGUAAAGUCUGACAUACAAGCCAGAUGAAAUACUAACUAGUCACGAAAAUGGAGAACACGACUUAGUGCUGUAACUUUCUUCCUUGGAGUGAAACAAGUGAAAAAUGAGUACUCAUUUUGUUUCCCUUCAUAUAGUUUAAUUGAAAAAAAAAAGAUAUUCAGAUCAACUGUAAACUAUUGAAGAUUUUUAUCAGUGCCUGAUGAAAAUGUAUCGUAUUUACUGCUACAGGAUAUUUUUACAAACUGUAUAGCUGUGUGAAGUUUCAUGUACUUGACCUCGUGGGAGGAGUACUCACUGGCUUUCAUGACAGAUUUUAUGGAGUACGGUAUUAGCAAUAUGUAUCUCAUGGCUUGUUUUCUAGUUUAGAAAUACUCACUUCAAGGUUUGUUUGGGAGACUGAUAAAAUCAAAAUAAACUACAUAAAAUAAAAGACAUGGGCACACAGUCUCUUGAUAUCAAUCUGUGUGACAGUUGUAGAGGCACACUGUAUAUUAUAAGGAUAUCAUUUGUACUUUUCCAGACAUUUUAAAAUUAAAUAAACCUAUGAAUUAAAAAAAAAUCCUUGAUUAUAUACAUUUUUGAGAGUGAGGAGUGAUUGCUCACUAGCAACUAUGAACCAUUGUCUAAAAGUGUGUUACUGUACUUUAUUAUGUAAUUGAUGGUCAUAUAGCAUCUUUUUUAUGGUUGAAGACCUAAGACAAAAACCACAAAAUGAAUUCAUCAUCAUUCGAAUUUCAAAUGAGUUAUUUUUAAUUACUUAAAGGUAAACACCACUGAUAAACUCUUAUCAAAGAAUUUAUUUUUUGUGAAAGCUCUGAGGAUAUGUUGGAAUUAUUUGUGUAAACACACAGAAAUAAAAUACAGGUAAAGCCUUUGGCUUGUG